AUGGCCUCGGAGGACAACAUGCCAGGCCCUGUCUGCCUCAUUGAGAAUGUGAAAGGGCAACUGCAAGUCAACCAGGAAGCCCUGAGCAUCCUGUCUUCUAUUCAGCAGCCAGUGGUGGUGGUGGCCAUUGUAGGCCUCUGCCACACUGGCAAAUCCUACCUGAUGAAUAAGCUAGCUGGGAGGAAUACAGGUUUCUCCCUGGGCUCCACUGUGCAGGCUGAAACCAAGGGCAUCUGGAUGUGGUGUGUGCCUCAUCCCCAGAAGCCUGACCACACACUAGUUCUGAUUGACACUGAAGGCCUGGGAGAUGUUGAGAAAGGUGACAACCAGAAUGACUGCUGGAUCUUUGCCCUGGCUAUUCUUCUAAGCAGCACCUUUAUCUACAACAGCUUGGGGGCCAUCAACAAACAGGCCAUGAACCAGCUGCACUAUGUGACAGAGCUGACAGACAGAAUCAGAACAAGAUCUUCUUGUGACCAGGAUGAGAUGGGGAACUCAGAUGAGUUUGUUAGCUUCUUCCCAGACCUUGUGUGGACUCUGAGAGACUUCUCUCUUGAACUAAAAGUAAAUGGGCAACCUAUCUCAGCAGAUGAAUACCUAGAGAAUUCCUUGAUGCUUCUUCAAGGUAGAGACUUACACCUGGCAAAUGAGAUUUUUAAUUUGCCUCGGCUCUGUAUCCAGAAGUUCUUCCCAACAAAGAAAUGCUUUGUCUUUGAGCGCCCAGCACCUGGGAAGAAGCUUGGGCAGCUGGAAUCACUUCAGAAUCAAGACCUGGAUUCUGAUUUUGUGGUACAAGUGGCAGAGUUCUGUUCCUAUGUGUUCAGGUCUUCCAAGGUGAAAACGAUUUCAGGAGGCCUCGAGGUCAAUGGACCACGACUAAAGAAUUUGGUGAUAACCUGCGUGAACACCAUCAACAAUGGGUCUCUGCCCUGCAUGGAGAGUGCUGUCUUGGCUUUGGCCCAGAUAGAAAACUCAGCAGCAGUGCAAAAGGCCAUUGUUCACUAUGACCAGCAGAUGAGCCAGAGGGUGCAGGUGCCCACAGAGACCCUCCAGGAGCUGCUGGACCUGCACAGGACCUGUGAGAAAGAAGCCAUCAAGAUCUUCAUGGAAAAUUCCUUCAAAAAUUUUAAUCAACUGUUUCUAAAGGAAUUAGGGACUAAGUUGGAAACAAAGCAAGAGGAAUUCUGUAAGAAGAAUCUGCAGGCAUCCUCAAAUCACUGCUCAGCUGUGCUUCAGGAUCUUUUCAGUCCAAUAGAAGAAGAUGUAAAACAGGGGACUUAUUCUAAACCGGGGGGAUACUGCGCUUUUAAAAGAAGGAUAAAGGAGUUGAAGAAAAAUUACUAUGAGAAACCAAAGAAGGGGGUUCUGGCUGAAGAAACUCUGCAGAAAUUUUUGCAGUCCAAGGAGGAUUUGGCUGAUGCAAUUCUACAGACAGACCAGAUUCUGAGAGAAAAGGCAAAGGAGAUUGAAGUGGAGCAUGUGAAAGCUGAAUCCGCACAGGCUACAACCAAAAUACUGGAGGAAAUAAAAAAACAGAGUGACCAGUUGUUGAAAGAAAAGGAGAAGUUUUACAUGGAGCAUGUGAAAGAGUUGACUGAGAAGAUGGAGAAAAAUCAGGUCCAGCUGAGGGAGGAGCAAUAG